UUUGUCCCCAGUAGGGAAGACUUUCGCUGUUGCUCCUGAGAAAAAUGGGUGACGAAAUAAAUGAACUCGCUGGCUAUUAAAAUUUGAUAAUUCAUCAUAAUAAUCACAAUAUCGAGUUAACUGCAUAUUGCGAUUACAAGAGGAGAGCAGUGGAAAGGAUGUGUGGGUAAUGGUCCCAGAGAAGUUUGAGGCACCAUGUCUGAAGAGGCGAUCUCUGGGAGUGAUAUGGAGCCUGGACUCGACAGUGAGGAAGAGGAGGACCAGGGAGAGGAAGAGGAGGAAGGCAAUGAUGGUGAUGAUGAAGAGGACGAUGCAGAUCCUCCCCAGAAUGCCCCUCUAAGUGUGGACAAUGAAUCUGGGGGAGAAGCCAGUGCAGAAGGGCAGCAGAAGCCAUCCUCAACCUCACCGCCCCACCUCUCCUCUCAGCCCCGCCCCCUGACUCCACCCAGCCCCCUCUCACAGUCCUCAUCCAGUCCUGACAGCCACAGCCACAGCCCCUCUCUGUUCAGCACCAGGAAGAGAGUCUCCAAGCCAUCGCACCUGAGGAGGAACAUCCGGAAGCUGUUGAAAGAGCACCAGCUCGAGGCAGUUACUCAGGUUGCCCAGCAGGAGGAGCUAGAGAGAAGGAAGCGCCUGGAGCAGCAGAGGAAGGAUUUCCCAGCCCCACCCCUACCUGAAUGCCCCCCAGGUGAGGUGGUUGUGCAUGCAGGGCCGGUGUCCCAGGCUCAGGUUGAGAGGGGAGAGGUGAUCUGCUUGGACAGCAGUGGAAGUGAGGACGACGCUCACUCGCCUCCCCUACCUCAGCAGCGCGGUGAGGGCCUGUCUGCCCCCGUGAUCGAGCUGAGCUCCGGUGAGGAUGAUGCCCUACGGAUCAGCAGCGAGUCAGCCAAUGAGGAGGAGGAGACACCCGGGGCCGAGGAGAGGGGUGGGGCCCAUGUCAAUGACGACCUGAACCAACCCGACGCACUGGGCCGCGUCCUUGUCAACAUCAACCACCCAGCCAAUGAGAAGGACCUGUUCCUCUCGCCGCAGCUUGCACGAGCCGUGAAACCCCACCAGAUCGGCGGGAUCCGGUUUCUGUACGAUAACCUGGUGGAGUCGCUGGAGCGCUGCGCUAACAGCAGUGGCUUCGGCUGCAUCCUGGCUCACAGCAUGGGCCUGGGGAAGACCCUGCAGGUCAUCUCCUUCAUCGACAUCCUGCUGCGCCACACAGGGGCUCGCACCGUGCUGACCAUCGUCCCUGUGAACACGCUGCAGAACUGGCUGGCUGAGUUUAACACGUGGCUGCCGGCCCCUGAAGCCCUGUCCACGGAGAAACGAUCUCGGCAAAUCCUGACGACCCCGUAGCUUUUCAAAGUGCACGUCCUAGGAGGGAGGCACAGGACCACUGUGUCGCGAGCAAAGGUCGUGAGUGAGUGGUCAGAAGGGGGCGGUGUGCUGCUCAUGGGCUACGAGAUGUUCCGGCUGCUGUCCCUGAAGAAGAGCUUUGUCACCGGGAGGAAGAAGAAGAGCAAGAAGCCCGCGGGGCCGGUCAUCAUAGACCUGGAUGAGGAGGAAAGACAGCAGGAGCUGCUGAAAGAUAUUGAGAGGGCUUUGUCACAGCCUGGUCCAGAUGUAGUCAUCUGUGACGAGGGUCACCGGAUAAAGAACUUCCACUCGGGCACGUCUCAGGCCCUCAAGAGCGUGCGUUCUCGGCGUCGGGUGGUGCUGACGGGGUACCCCCUGCAGAAUAGCCUGACGGAGUACUGGUGCAUGGUGGACUUUGUGCGCCCCGACUUCCUGGGCUCCCGGCAGGAGUUCAGCAACAUGUUUGAGCGCCCCAUCCUGAACGGGCAGUGCAUGGACAGCACCCCGAAGGACGUCCGGCUCAUGAGAUACCGCAGCCACGUCCUGCACAGCCUGCUGGAGGGCUUCGUGCAGAGGCGUGGCCAUGACGUGUUGAAGACCCACUUGCCGCUGAAGGAGGAGACUGUGAUCAUGGUGCACCUGUCCCCCCUCCAGAGGGCGCUGUACACGCAGUUCAUGAGGCGCUUCCGGGAGGCGGGCAGCAGCGGCUGGCUGGGGCUCAACCCCCUCAAGGCCUUCUGCGUCUGCUGCAAGAUCUGGAACCACCCAGAUGUGCUGUAUGAGGCUCUUCAGAAGGAGAAUCUGGCCAAUGAGCAAGACUUGGAUCUGGAUGACCCCACCCCAAGCCUGAAGACCAAGCCUCCAGAGUCCUCCCACAGCAAAAUGGCCAUGACAGGACUCAGUCUAGGCAUGCUUCAGGACAGGACCAACCAAGUCAUUACCUAUGAAUGGGCAAAGGAUAUCAUGGCUAAUUACCAGACAGGUGUUUUAGAAAAUUCUCCCAAAAUGGUGCUUCUCUUCCACCUGAUAGAAGAAAGUGUAACCAGAGAAGACAAGAUCUUGGUUUUCAGCCAGAGCUUGUCCACACUGUCUGUCAUUGAAGAGUUUUUGGCCAAGAGGCCCAUGCCCCCCUGCAGAGUGACCAGUGAGAGUCACACCUGGAUACGCAACGUCACCUACUACAGGUUGGAUGGGAGCACAUCAUCCUCGGAAAGAGAGAGACUCAUCAAUCAGUUUAACAGCCCAGAGAACCACACUACCUGGCUCUUCCUACUGUCCACCAGGGCGGGCUGUCUGGGGGUCAAUCUGACGGGGGCUAACCGUGUGGUGGUGUUCGACGCCUCCUGGAACCCCUGCCACGACGCGCAGGCCGUGUGCCGCGUGUACCGCUACGGCCAGAGGAAGGCCUGCCACAUCUACCGCCUGGUGUGUGACUUCACCCUGGAGAGGAAGAUCUACGACCGACAGGUGUCCAAACAGGGCAUGUCAGACCGUGUGGUGGAUGAGCUGAACCCCGUCCUCAACUUCACACGGCGAGAAGUGGAGUCACUGCUGCACUUUGUGGAGGAGGAGCCUGGCCCCGCCCCUUUGCUCCUGGACCCCCAGGACAAGAUGGAGGACCUCAUUCAGCAAGCCUGUAACAUUUACCCUCAUCUCAUCACCAAGCGGCCAUUCCCGCACGAGUCCCUGCUCAUGGAGCGCAAGGAGACGAGGCUGACCCGCGCAGAGAAGAAGGCCGCCAAGAAGGGCUACGAGGACGAGAAACGCGCGUCCAUACCCCACCACCGCCCUUCCUUCCCUCACAACCGGCCAUCUUACCCCUACUACCCCCCUACUGCUCACACCCUGGCCAACGCCCACACCUUCAGUCAACGCAGCUGCCGCCUCCUCCUACGGCCUGAUGAGAAGCCAGUGGCCAGUGUCCGCCCUGUGCAGGCCACGCCCAUUCCCAUGAUGCCCCGCCAGGUACCCCUGGCCCACGCCCCCUCCAUGGCUGCCAGCUCCAGCGCAGGUGUGGGCUUACCUGUCGGCUACCUGCAGAAGGCGGGGGUGUAUGUGCAGAAGGUUGUCACCACCACAGAUAUCAUGAUUCCAGGAUCUGACAGCACCACAGAUGUUCAGGCCCGAAUCAGUGCUGGGGAGAGCGUCCAUGUCAUCAAAGGUUCAAAGGGAACCUACAUCAGAACCAGUGAUGGGAGGAUCUUUGCCUUCCAGACCAACAAAAGUAGACCAGGAGAGGAGCAUCUGGCGGCCUCCAGAGCUUGGCAGCCAUCGCAUGUGCGUGCGGAACAGAAGCGUGUGCCCCUGGGUGACGAGCCACGCCCUCUUUCGCCGAACAGCCCUGAGCAGGAGCUGCGUAGGUUCGCCGCCGUGGCGGAGGCGGGGUCGGGGCAGGGGCCAGACACAGAGGGGGGCGGGGCCGAAAGCAGUGCGCAGAGUGGCCCAGGUGCCCUGCCCAGCCUGAGCGUGGACGUGGCUCUGGACCUCCGCUCCGCCAAGCGCCCGUCCAAGGAGCGCCUCCGCAGAUCGCCCUCCGCCAAGCGUCCCGCCGCCCCCCCUACCAACACCGCCCCCCCUUUUCCCAGCUUCCCGCUGGGCGUCGGCCUCGGUCCUCUCGGGCCCAGCCUCCUGGGCUCCAUGCUCAUGGGCACCUCCCCCUUCUUCCCGCCACAGGGACAGCUGGGAAACCCACGGAUGAUGUUCCCCAUGACCCCUGACCCCUUUGGCACUGCAGCAGUUUCCUCUGCCGCCUCUUCCUCUUCAUCCUCCUCCUCCUCCGCCUCUUCUGCAGUGCCAGCCACGGGCCCCAGCCUGGCCUCGCUGGCCGUGCCCCCCCUCAUGCUCCCGGCUGGGUUCCCCCUGUCCUACGGCCAGUCUUUGGUGUACCCCAACCCGCUGCUCUCUUCGGUGGCUCCGCCUUCCUCCAGCCUCCUUUCACACCUCCCCCCCUCCCUGCAGGGGGCGCUGGGGCAGGACGGGGGCAGCAGCUCAGAUGACGAUGUCAUUGAGGUGACACGACAAUAAGGAGCACUUCCAGGAUUAGUAUGCUGGUACAAAGAGGAGGGACCCAUGACACAAAUCUAAUUGAGGCCGAUUGGUCUUAAGAAACCAUGCAUUUGUACGCACUUGUAAGCCCCACCCACAUCCUUCUCCAUGCUUACACACCCUGAGGGUGCCGUGGGAUAUAAGUAUGUGUAGUGGUGCCUGGCACAAAGACAUUGAGUUGAUGCUGAAUAUCUCACUUUAAAAAGUCAACAUAAUGGAAGCUGAACAAAGAGAGAGCAUGUGAAAGAGAAAAAGAAAGAGUACUGUUUUGUGAGAUUUGAGCAUUUGAUGCAGCUUUCAAACACUUUCCAAUACUGUCUCAAUUGGCAGCUGGCCUUGGGCCUGCAGUGAAUCCUCCCUCUGGAGGAGUAGGGAAGAGAAAGUUUGGCCAGCUGAACAGAAAGGCUGAAACUCUCCCUCCAUUCUGUUUUGGGUCAUAGCUACAGUGCAUUGUUCUAACUGCUUUGGAAGGUCAUGUGACCAGUGAACAUUCCCCACAUUCAUCUUAAGCGCAAAUCUUGGCCUAUACCAGAACCACUAAGUGUAUUUUGUUAAGAAAUGUCUGGUACGGUUUUCCUUUGGUAACACUGAUAAGCUAGCUGCAAGGAUGAGAAACCCCCUCCUCUCCUCUCCUGUCAGGGUCCGCUCGUUUACAGACGCCCGGCACCCUCUAGGCUGUGUGACAGGAUGUCACUGUGUGACAUCUCUUGCUCACAGGCUCUCACAGAUGGACUGGAGUGGGAAGUUUCUUCCUGUAGAACAUUCCUUUCUUCCUGCUUUCAGGCAAACUGGGGUGAAUUAUGAGAUAUUUCUUUUAGAAAAGACUGGAGCAAACAUGGUUCCACGCACAGGAAACACAAACUCGAAAGCACACUCCCCAACAUACGUAAGGCUUAUUAUCACAUAAUGACACUAUAAUGCUUUCUUUUUAAAUUUUCUUUUUCUACUGUAUCAUCCUGAUAAUGUUUACCUGUGUUUUUCUAUUGUACGAUUUUUACAAUUAUUUAUUAUUGUUCAUAUUUAUUCAUUUGUAUUUGUUAUUGUUGUACAUUGUAGAGGAUUUUUCAGUACCCAGUUGUUCUGGUAAUCUAGUGAGAUGAAGAAUGGGCAUCUGCCCACAGUGUAUAAAUCCUUACUCAGUGACAUCACCACUGUAUACCCUACCCACUGAGAAAGAUUGCAGCAUAAAAUGCCAUUGUAUUGAUUGCUAUUUAGUCAUGAAUAAACUCACUUCCACAAAGUA